AUGGAAUUUAGAGGAGAGAUAACAGUGUUUGGUGUACAUAGAUAUUUGAUAACUUUGUAUUUUAUAAUAGGAGUUAUGAAUGCAGCAACAAUCACGGAAAUGGAGAAUCUUCAUACGUCAUUAUUCACUGGUUAUAACAAAAAUGUCCGACCAAUAACGGACCAAAACUCGGCUAUAGAUGUUACAAUUUUUAUGUAUAUAAAGUCAAUUAGGGAAUUCGACGAAGUCGAUGAAAAGUUUUCCUUUGUAGCUGCAUUGCAGUUUAUAUGGAUGGACGAAAAGUUACUUUGGGACAAAAGUAUUAAUGGCGGUAUCGAGCAAAUAACUGUGUCCUACGAUGACGUAUGGGUACCAGAACUGACUUUGUCAAGUCCUUCCUCAAAAGGAUCAACAAUAGGCAAAUCUUCUGACAGAAUCCGUGUUAAUGAAGAGGGUGAAAUGGAGUGGAUGCCAGCGGGUCUCAUUGAAAGCACAUGUAGCGUUAACGCUCAGAAAUUUCCAUUUGAUAUUCAGAGUUGUGACACUAGCUUUACUUCUCUCGGUUACAAGAGUAAUGAAGUGAAUCUUCAAGCUGGAUUUCCGAACGUUAUGUUAAAUGUAUACUCUCCUCAUGCCUUAUGGGAUAUAACUGCAUCAGAAGUUAAAACGGUGAUAUUAGGAUCUGGAAAUGAGUCUGAAAUAACAUUCACUAUACAGUUGAAAAGGGAUGCAGUUUUUGCAGUGGUUAACAUAAUAAUGCCUAUAUUAAUACUAAGCUUAUUAAAUGUUCUCGUGUUUCUUCUUGUUCCAGAAUCGGGCGAACGUAUAGGGUACUGCAUUACGACACUUCUCGCAAUUGCUGUUUACAUGACCAUUGUCAAUGAUUUACUGCCCCAAACUUCACAGCCGGUACCGCUCAUUUCCUACAAGUUGAUGAUUGAUUUGCUUAUCAGCGCCCUGAUAGUUUUUGUCACCAUCAUAAACAUGCGACUAUAUAAUAAAGACGAUAACAAUAGUGUACCAAAUUGGCUGAAGUCUAUAUAUCGGUUUUUAACCUGUACUGGCAGAAAGACUCAUCCAGACGAAACCGAAGAAGUCAAACAAAGAAGUGAAAUCAAAUUUAAAGGUACCGGUACUACUGUAAUGCAAGAAAACGCAUCUAAAUGUAAAACAAAGGACUGUUCUGGCGAGCUGAAAAAUAAACAAGAGAGAAAAGACGAUCCCAUAACAUGGAAACAAAUAAGUUAUAUGGUUGACUGGAUCGCCCUGUUUACAUGUAUAUUUUUGACAGUGAUGAAUAUGAUCAUUUUUCUGGGAAUGGCAACGUCGUAA